AUGUCGUUUUGGCCUUUCUCGAAUCCAUAUGGCUCUAGCAGCCAGCUACAGAAAUUCCUUGACCAAGCCACCGAUUUGGCGGCGGUCACGGCGGAACAUCUUCUAGACGAUAAAGUCCUACAGCAAGAGUUAUUGGACGAGUUGAAAUCCAUCUCGUCGAAAUCUCUAAGAGGCAAGAACUUGCUGUUUGUGCAACUGCUUCUGCAGGAGACCCAGAGCAAGCAGCUGGCGGCGGGAAACACCUCGGAUAACUCAUCCAUGACCAGCUCAAAUGCAGACUCGAACGGCGGCGGCUCGCUUUCCAAAACGGCACGUGAGCAGAAACUCCUCGAAUUGCUUUUGCAGCCCCACAUCUUGCACGGGCUUUUGGAUUACAUCGUGCUCAGCGUAGACUUCUUCUACGAAGCUGGAAGAAACCCUCAAGAAAACGGCAAUACGAAAACCACAGAGUCCACUGGCUCGAAAACACUAUACGGGGAAGAAGAAGAAGUAGAAGAAGAAGAAGGUCAGAAAAGUGCGCCUAAGCUGGGGGAAGAGGAACCCCGAACCGAGAAGCUCCAGCGGUAUAUCCUGUGCUCUGCCGAGAUUCUCUCCACGGAUCUCUGGGUCAUCUCCAAUAGAAUCAUCGAAACGCCAAGCCUCAUGGGCAAGCUCUGGCAGGUUAUAUCGCUCCCGAACCUAUAUGAAAGCUCACCAGCGCUCGCAUACUUGAUUCAGAUUUUGGGCCAUUUGAUGGACCUGAACUGCAUUGAGUUGAUAAACUUUAUCCGCAAACAGGAAACACUCGUGGACAUGUUUUUGGACAAGGUCGAUAUUCCCAUCCUCAUGGACUUUUUCUUGAAAAUCAUCCAGACCGAUAAGGCCGACUCGCCCACCGGGAUUUUGGCGGUCUUGCUGCGCCAGCAGAUGAUUCCCAAACUCAUGGACAUUUUGCGGCCUCCACAAACACAAGACGGCUCCGUAUCACAAGACUUUGACAUUUUGUUCCGCCAGACGGCGGCUACGGAGUUCAUCAAGGCCUUAGUCACGAUCUCGUCAAACCCGACACUAGCAGUCGAUCUAGACAUGAACAUAGGGCCCAACCAGCUCACACGGGAACUCGCUUCGCCUCAAAUCAUCAGUAUCAUGAUCAAUGAGAUUAUGCUCCGCCCAAUUCAGACCAAGAAUGGGUCCCUGGUCAACAAACAUGGGAUCUCCAACUGUGUCUCGAUUUUGAUCGAGCUCAUCAGAAAAAAUAACUCGGACUACGAUACAAACUGUGGUUCCUACACGCAAAACACCCAGGGCGAAGAUGGUGCCGGUGAAAUCAAUUUGUAUUCUAUGUACCUCUGGCUCAAAGACUUAGACCAGAAUCCCCCGGGACCUAGAGACCCCGUUUAUUUAGGAGAUCUUCUCCGGAUGUUCUCUGAUGGGCUCCCUGCAUUCAUGAGUCUCAUGGGUUCUGAACCGGAGCCCAUGUCACUGGGUAGAGGAGUUUUGGGACUCACAAAAUUCAAGAUUGCAGAGUUGAUUGCUGAGCUUCUCCACUGCUCAAACAUGGUGCUUCUCAAUUCGAGUAAAAUUGCAUUUCUCGUGGGCACGCGCGACAAAAUCAGAGCCCUACAAGUGGAUAAUAUUCAAACUGCCCUAACGGAGUCGAUCACAGAGGACUCUGACACAACUCUACAGCCACACGCUACACACACCUCACAUCUCACUGACGCUUUUGACGAAAUAUCGCUCGAUCCGCCAGUCCAUGAGGAGAAUGUAGCUAAACAAAAGUUUUUGGAAGCUUUUGAAAAUGCAGAUGCUGACUACAAGCAUCGAAGUAGCGUGGGGGCAUAUUCCUUCGAAGACACGGAAGACGAAGAGCCGUCUGUUUCGAGCGAGAAUCCAUUUGUUUGCGAGGAGCGGAACAUUUCAUUCAAAGCAAAACCGUGUGUGGGUGACUAUUUCAAAAUUAAAUUGAUAGAUCUGCACAUGCUCCAGUCAAUCGUGGAGCAGCUCACGAGGUACCCGUGGCACAACUUUUUCCACAACGUGGUGUUUGACUUGAUACAGCAGGUCUUCAACGGGAAGCUCAACUCUUACAACUCGUUUUUGAUUGUGGAGCUUUUUGAGAAAUGCCACAUUACGGAUGUAAUAGUUGACGCUUUUAAAGACGUCAAAGCUCCUCGACCAGGGUACAUGGGUCACCUAGUGCUCAUCAGUGAAGAGGUGGUGAAGUUUGCUUCCUUGUACAAACCUUCUUUGAUCUCACCGAUUAUCGUUGACGCUCUAGGGUCGAAAUCUUGGGAGUGGUUUGUGUCUGACGUGUUGCUCAAAACAAGGGAGUUGUACAACGUGGUGCUUGGGACGGACCCAGACUACAUGAAUGAAGACGACGUUGAAGCUGGAGUUGGAAACGGACUUGGUGCAGACUCGUCGACAGUGCAUAUGGAUCAGGAAAAGAACCUGGACCUGAGAACCAACGGUGCGAUUAUUCUCGGCGACAGCAGUAAUCACGACGAAUUCGUCAGCCUGACGCCCGGAAAUCAUGGAGAUAUUGAUGAAGCACAUACUGACAAUGUCGAGAGUGGACACGAGGAAGACGUGGAGGACAUAGACGAUGAGAACGAACAAGGUCCAGGCCGAAUCUUGGACGUGCCGAUCAAAAGCAUGUCGCCCACCGUGCAGCUCGAAAAUAAGGAUAUGCUUUACGAGGGGUUUGAAGGCGACAAAGUCACGCUCGGGAGCGAUAAAUGCCUUGAGGAUCUUUCAGGGUCCAGCUCCUCUGACGAGGAGGAUGAAAACCAGCUCUACAGAGUACCCAGACACAAAAGUUAA